CUAAAAUGAUUGAAUUGAUCAUCAAAAUACUUUCUGUCAAUAGACUAAUUGAUUAAUUGACUAAUAGCUGCAGCUCUAAUAUUAACUGAUGAUGCAGUUGCAGGGUGUCAUGUCAUUUCAGGCAGAGCUUCAUCAUUUCUAAUGAAUAAAACAUGAACAAUAUCAAAGUGUAUGUUGUGACUGUUUCGGUUGUUUGUUGUUUAUGAGUUAAAACAGUUUAGAAACAGACAGAAAACAACCACCAUCAGAAUUCAUGAGUCAUAGUUAAUGUAUGUGGAGGAGACGCUUUUAUUGUGAAGGAUCAGUGCCGGAAGUGUUUCUGUUGCAGUGUUGCUGAAGCCGAGGAAGCGAAAGUGUGUGUGAGGAGCCAAUCACGGUGUGAGGAGCCGCUGAAGCUUCGUUAUCCAGAUGUUAAAGUGAUGUUGUGAUGUUUAAUGUUGAGAUGACGUCGACAACUAUGGAGCUUGUUCCUCUCGCGUGCCUCUGUGUCCUGACUUGGUCUGGAACAACGUUUGCUGAUGAACACGGACCAAGCGUCAUCACUGUGGCCGUGGAAGAAGGAAGUGACGCCAUUUUACCCUGUUCCCUCAGCAGCAGGGAGAACAUUGAGAAAAUGGUGUUUGACUGGAAGAAAGACGGUGACAAGGAGGUUUUCCUGUACGAUGCCGGCCAUCAUUACAACAAGGGCCGCACGGGUCAAGAUGAACAGUUCAAUGGACGAGUUUUUCACUUUGAAGAUGAACUGAAGUACGGCAACGCCUCCAUUAAGAUCCACAACACAAAGAUGGCUGACAAUGGAAGUUACACCUGUACUUUCCCAAGAAAACAAGUUUCCCACAUUCGACUUGUUGUAGAUCCUGACCCAGAGCGCUUUAUCUUAAAAGACAGAACAGCGGAAAAUAUCCCAGGUGCAGCUCCAAAGCCGUACAUCACAACACUUGGUGAAACACAGGACGGGGUGAAGCUGCAGUGUGAGGUUCAUGGUGCUUCACCCAAACCUGAUGUCCAGUGGCAGGACAGUGAUGGAAAGACUCUUCCUGCUGAAGAACCACAGGUCUCUGAAAGAGGAGGCAGCUACGACAUUAUCCUCCAAACUACUGUGACCAAGACCGACACCUAUCGCUGUGUAGCCACACAGGAGGAAAUCAGACAUCAGGUUCAUGCUGGGACGUAUGUUCCUGUCCAUGGUGCAGCUUCAAAACCAUCCAUCAUGAUACUUAAUCAAACAAAGGAUGGGUUGAAGCUGCAGUGUGAGGUUCAUGGUGCUUCACCCAAACCUGAUGUCCAGUGGCAGGACAGUGAUGGAAAGACUCUUCCUGCUGAAGCACCACAGGUCUCUGAAAGAGGAGGCAGCUACGACAUUAUCCUCCAAACUACUGUGACCAAGACCGACACCUAUCGCUGUGUAGCCACACAGGAGGAAAUCAGACAUCAGGUUCAUGCUGAGACGUAUGUCCCUGUCCCUGGUGCAGCUCCAGAGCCGUCCACUAGGAUACUUGGUGAAACACGGGACGGGGUGCAGCUGCAGUGUGUCGUUCGAGGUGCUUCACCCAAACCUGAUGUCCAGUGGCAGGACAGUGAUGGAAAGACUCUUCCUGCUGAAGAACCUCAGGUCUCUGAAAGAGGAGGCAGCUACGACAUUAUCCUCAACAUUACUGUGACCAAGACCGACACCUAUCGCUGUGUAUCCACACAGGAGGAAAUCAGACAUCAGAUUUAUGCUGAGACAUAUAUCCCUGUCCAUGGGGGAAAGAGCGCCGGCACCAGAGAGAUCGCUGCUUGGGCUGUUGCUGUUUUAGCUGUUGUGAUUGUUGGAGUCGUCUGCGUGUGUCACAGGAGAAACAGAACAUAUGGUUAAGAAACAUCCUCUGAAUCACCAGGAGGGUUUCAGCUCCACAUCUGCCGUUUCCUGCUGAAGUGUGUGUGCAGUCUGCUGCUUUUCUUCUUGUGUGGACCAGUUCAAGUUUUAGACCGAAGGUGUGAAGAAAUUGUAAAUUGGUGCAUUUUGUUUAGUCCAGGUAAUUUUGAAGUGAAGGUCUGGUUUAAUGACAGACUGAUGUAUAAACUGCAGUGCCUGUCUUACUGCAGCAGGACCAGGAGGGGGCAGCGUAGGACACAUAUUUCUGUCACACUUCAAACACUUAAAGCCACACAUGCACUGAGAGUUACUGGUCGCUGUAAUCAUUCCUCCUGCUGGUGACUAUAUACAACAAAACACAGAGGCAACAUCAGGCUAAUCAGGCUCUUAUUUUGAAAUUCGUCCAGGAACGAUUACAGUGACCCAUCACUCUGUAGCACGUGAUAAAACCCACACCUGUAGUUUAAAUGUUGAAAACCUUCAUCAUGUGAUGAGGCUGGUGCGUCACACAGCUUGUUCAGCUCGUUUUAAUCCAUUUCUUACUUUGUUUGAUGCAGAAUAUGCAGCUUGAUAGAUACUGCUGUAAAUAUGCUGAAGGAUAAAAGGCUGUUUUCCAUCUGCAGUCCUCAGACAGAUGUUACAUAGUCACUCUGAAAUAAUACGUCCACAAUUAUACAGCACGUCAAUCUUAAAAUGUUCAUUAACAUUCAUAUAAAAACAUUUUAAUUGAUAAAGAUAUGUACAGGUACAAAACAUGUAAAAACAGCCCAUAAUUCACAGCUGGACCAACGACACAUGAAGAUGGAGAGGAGAGUGAAGGACGUGCAGUUACAGUCCAGCUGUUAUUAUAUGGAGACAGACUGGAGUGAACAAGGUGGAGGCAGCAGAGAGUGUGUGUGUGUUAGUGCAGACUGAACUGAUGAUCAUUGAACCGUUCCUCAGCGACACUGAUAGAAAUCAUGUGUUUAUGUCUCUGACGUGUGAAGGGAGAUGUUUCCACUCUGGUGCAGCUUCCACACAAAAUCACAGACGGACUAAGAGUCUGGACGUCAGUGUUGUUGAGGACUUUUACAACCUUUAUGCUUCAUUUUUACUAUUUGCUUUGUUUUAUUAUCCAGCUCUGCUUUUUCAUCAUGUGUCAUUUUCAUCAUGUUUUCAAGUUCGUCCUGAAUUUAUUCAGAUUCAGUAGAAACGUUCACUUGGUGUUUGACGUGGACAUCGACACAAACAUCAGAGUCACUGAAGUAAAACCUGCUGCUCUGCUGUAAAUGAAUGUCAAACAUUUUGUAGCUAAAGUGAAACAUCAUGUGACUCAUCUUUUAUUUUGAAAUCAGUGUUAUUGACAUUAUUUGGGACAAUCAUGUUGCUUCUUUUAAUUUGUUAAGGUGCUGAUCCAGAGUCUGUCAGGUUCAGUUACAGUCUGAACUGUUCACUGUUGUUGACUGUGAUAUUUGAAUUGUCUCUAUCUGACAGUGAGUUUGUGUUUAUGUUGUUUAGGUUGCAACUAACAAUCAUUUUAACUAUUGGUUAAUCUGCUGAUUAUUUUCUCCAGUAAUCAAUUAAUCAUUUUAUUUUAUAAAACAUUGUAAAGAGCAGAAAUAAAUUCUCAUUAAAAUCUUCCAGAGUCUGA